UCCGGUGGCGGGGCGGAAGUUAUGACGUUGAGGAGGCGUGUUUUGAGAAAGGACAGAGGGACUCCACUAUGGGAGACAGUUUCCAUGACCAGCUGGCAGAGGAUGGGGCUUUCCUCAGAGCAGAGAGGAGAUUGGACACAGAACUGGUGGACAAAAUCAUCCUGCAGCUCAACAGAAUCUACCCGCAAAUACUCACAGACAAGGAGGCCACCAAGUUCCGCAACUUGGAUGUGCCCACAUGUGUCCUCCUAGGAGAGCUCCUGACACACCUGCAGGCAAAAGGAGAGGAAGCAUGUAGGGAAUUUUACAGGGCUCUUCACCUGCAUGUAGAGGAUGUCUAUUACAGUUUGCCAACACGGCUCCGCCUCCGAGAUUCUGUUGAUCCUCUCACACUUCCAAGUGCCUACAAAGAGCGACACGUCAUGAACGACAAUGGUCCCCUCUUCUUUAUAGGCUGCUUCAGUGUUGCAGUUGGAAUGGCAUUGGUCUAUUACUUUGGUGAAGCCAAACUGACUGGAGGAAGCGGGGCUCUUGGGAUGGCGGCAUUAGGUUUGAAAAGAAAAGCCCGCGAGGUCCUUGUGUGGUACACCGAAGAAAGCUUCAUGAAGUAAGGAUCGACUGACCAUCAGUGGCCAAGGGCUUCAGCAAAUCUUUAUUUGUACCAAAGCACAGCACCAUACAUUGCCUUUCAAGUGAUAAGAUUAUUAUUUUUUUGAUAUAUUUGUAUUUAUUACUUUGGAGGGGUCCAAAAUAUGAAUGAUGAGGAACAAUUGGGUCUACAACAAUAGGCUUAUACUUGGUUGAUCGCUAUUUAGUUUGAGGUAAAUCAAUCAUUAAAAUGAAGAGGGAAGAGUUCAAUACUAUUCAGCAUCUUUUUACUUUCUAAAACCUUUACAAUUUCAAAGAUUAUAAAUGCAGUCUCCAUUUUUAAUGGCCGCAGCUGAUACACUUAGUUGGUAGUUUGUCGCCCUCGUGUGGUGUAAUGAUAAAGACAACAAGAACAAAGUGAAUUUAUUCAGCGAGGUAAAACGCAAUUUGCUGAGAUAAAUAUGCCAAUUUUUCAGUGCCUGGUCGUGUAAUCAGAUGAAACAAAGUCAUGUCGAUUGGUUUCGUUCUGUCUGGAAAAAAGCUACGUUAUACUGUAAGCCAAUGCGCAUGAAGUCACAUGACUGCCCUAGCCAAUACCGUCCAUGUUUUGUGCGAAGUGCAUUAUGGGUUUCACAUAUUUAAAAAACAAACAAACAAAACGAAGCAAUGCCAAAAUAAAUUUUGAAUGGAAACACACUAACCUUGUAGAAAAUAACGAAAUAAAAGCUGAAAUACUUAUUUUGUAGUAACAUUCUAUAAGGAUUGUUGGCACCUUAAGUGAAGUAGGACGGUUUCGUUAUCACUAUAAGACGCCAUUUUGUUGACGGUGGUGGUUGUGUUGUAUGAAAGGAGAGAAGGUUAGCACUCCCCUUGACAAGGAUGGAAAUGGCCCCUGUGGCCUGCAACACAUAUACGGUUAAGGCAUUGCCACCUACUUCGUGGCAUCUCUAACCGAGUUUU